AUGAUGUCUCCUUCGGUUCUUCUACCUUAUAUUUAUGGAUUAAAUUUAUCAAAAAAUGAAUUUGGAAAUAAUCAACAAUUUCCAAUAUCAUUACAAGAAAUGUGUAAUUUACGUUGGCUUGAAUUAAAUCAUACAAAUACAAAUCGUUUACCAGAAUUUAUUGGCAAUCUUAAAUCACUUGAAAAAUUAAGUUUAUCACAUAAUAAUUUACUUGAUGUACCAUUUUGUUUAAAUAAUUUAACAUCAUUACGUUCAUUAUCAUUACGAGAUAAUCAUGUAUCACAUACACAAAUAUCAGCACGUUUAUUUAAUAAUCAAGAUUUAUCUAUACUUGAUUUAAGUCAUAAUAAUUUACAAGCAUUUCCUAAAGAUAUUGAAAAUGCUAAAGGUCUUAUUGUACUUAAUCUUUCAUCAAAUCAAAUUGAACAAAUUCCUGCUCAUGUAUUCGUAUCACUUUUUGAAUUAGUUUAUCUUAAUUUAAGUGAUAAUAAAAUUGACACAUUACCAGCACAAAUGCGUCGUUUAACAUCAUUACAAGUAUUAAUAUUAAAUAAUAAUCCACUUAGUCGUGCACAAUUAAGACAAUUAUCAUCAAUGAUUUUACUUGAAACACUUCAUUUGAGUAAUACAAAACGAACAUUAUAUAAUGUUCCAGCUAUACUUGAAGUAUUACCAAAUCUUUCUGAUCUUGAUUUAUCUGCAAAUAAUCUCCCGUCUGUACCGGAAGUUCUAUAUAAAUUAAAAGCACUUAAACGUUUGAAUUUAAAUGAUAAUCAAAUAAGUGAAUUAAGUAGUAAAUCAGAUAGUUGGCCUCAACUUGAAAUUCUACAACUAUGUCGAAAUAAAUUUAAAAGUCUUCCUCAACAAUUAAUGCGUUGUACAAAAUUACGACGUCUUUAUUUAAAUAGCAAUCAAAUAAAUUUAUAUGGUUUACCAAGAGGAAUAUUUAAUCUUGAAAAACUUGAAGUAUUUAGUGCAGCUGAUAAUAAUUUAGAAACAAUACCUGAUGCACUUUGUCGAUUAGGAAGUUUAAAAGUAUUAAAUUUAAAUAAAAAUAAAUUAUUAACAUUACCAGAAGCUAUUCAUUUUUUACAAUUAAAAGAACUUGAUGUUAGUGAUAAUCCUGAUUUUGUUAUGCCACCUAAACCAAAAGAAUGUCAAAAAGGUUCUGGUCCAGCUUUUUAUAAUAUUGAUUUUUCUCUUGCUAAUCAAUUAAAAUUAGCUGGUCAAGUAGCACCAGAACAACCCAUAGCUCCUACAGAUAUUCAACAAAAACGAGCAGCACGUAUUCGUCGUUUAAAUAAACCUGAACAACGAAAUUCACCAGGUAGUGGUGGUUCAUCAGAAACUGUUCUACGUGGUAUGCGUGAAACAGCUAAACGUAAACAUGCAUUAGAUUCAAAUAUGAGUAAUAAUGGACAUUAUAAUGAUAAUGAAGAAAUAGCUGGUCGUCGUUGGGAUGAACAAAUUGAACGACCACAAUUAAAUUAUAGUGAAUUUUUUGAUGGAUCUGCUGGUCAUACAGCUGGUAUAACAUGUUGGGAAAUUGAAAAUUUUCUUCCUAAACAAUUAGAACGUCAAUUAAAUGGAACAUUUUAUACAGGUGAUUGUUAUAUUAUAUUACAUACAACGGUUGAAUUAUCAGGUAAUACAGAUUGGAAUAUAUUUUUUUGGAUUGGACAAGAUGCAACGUUGGAUAAACAAGCAUGUGCAGCAAUGCAUGCUGUUAAUUUACGUAAUAUGCUUGGUGCAUCAUGUCGUACUCAACGUGAAGAACAAGGUGAUGAAUCCGAUGAAUUUUUAACCUUAUUUAAUCGUCGUAUACGAAUAAUUGAUGGUGCUAGAACAGAAACUGGAUUUUGGGUUGUACGAGAUGUUGAACAUCCAACACGUUUUUAUCGUGCUAGUGGUACUCAAAAACUUCAUGUUGAACUUGUAGAAAUUGCUGCAACAUCUCUUGAUUCUCGUUAUGUAUUUUUUCUUGAUGUUGGACCAAGACUUUAUAUAUGGAAUGGAAAAAAAUGUAAUAGUAUGACAAAAGCUAAAACACGAUUAUUUGUUGAAAAAUUAAAUAAAAGUGAAAGAAAAGGUCUUAGUGAAUUAAUACAAAUAAAUCAAGGUGAAGAAACAGAUAAAUUUUGGAAAGAAUUAGGUGGUAAACCAGAAAAUUUUCAAUUAGUUAAUCAUGUAGCCGAUGAUUUUAUUCCACCAAAAUCUAUUCUUUAUAAAGUUGAUCUUGGACAAGAAUUUAUUGAAUUACCUCAAGUUGAACUUGAACCAGGUGGUCUUCUUAAAAAAGAAUUACUUCAUACAAGAAAUAUUUAUAUUCUUGAUUGUCAUACUGAAUUAUUUGUUUGGAUUGGCAAAAAAUCAGCACGACUUGUUCGAAUGGCAGCAACACGUUUAGCAUGUGAAUUAUUAUCAAUGAUUCAACGACCACCUCAUGCUGUCAUUACGAAAACACUUGAAGGAGCGGAAACACAAGUAUUUAAAUCAAAAUUUGAUGCUUGGGAUGAUGUAUUAGCUGUAGAUUUUACUCGUACAGCUGAAAAUGUGUCAAAAAAGGGUGCAGAUAUGAAGAAAAUUCUUCAAGAAAAUGAAAUGAAAACAAAUUUAACAGCUCUAUUUAAAAAUCGUCCACCAUGGCAAACACGUGAAGCAGCUCAAGAAGCUCUUGAAGAUUGGAAUAUAUUUUUACUUCAACCAUUUUCUAUGUUUGUUUAUGAAAAUAAAAAAUUCGUUAAAUUACCUGAUGAUGAACGAGGACAAUUUUAUUCUCAUGAUUCAUAUUUAUUUGUUGCUCGUUAUUUAUUACCAACUGAAGAUGAAAGUAUGGAUAAUAGUGAACUUGAAGAUGAAAUAAAAGAUUCUGAUACAGAACGUAUUGUUUAUUUUUGGCAAGGAAGAAAUGCAAAUAAUACAGCAUGGUUAUCAUUUAAUUUCACUUUUAAACAAGAACUAAUCGAUGUACUUGGAGAUUUUGAAAUUAUACAAUUAAUACAACAACAAGAAAAUCAACGAUUUAUGGCACAUUUUAAUCGAAAAUUUAUUAUACAUAAUGGAAAACGUCGUACAGCUGCACAACGUAUGCAAAUGCCUGUACAACGAUUAACACAUACACAAAUGUAUCAUAUACGUUGGUGUUAUUCGACUAUCAUGACACGUUGUAUACAAAUUGAAGCUACAUCAGCAAAUUUAUGUUCAGAAUUUUGUUAUAUUGUUACUGUACCACUUGAUUCGGGUGAUAUUAUUGGAAUUGUUUAUGUAUGGAUUGGAAAUUCUGUUCAUCCUGAUGAUGCUUUACUUGCACAAGAAAUUUCUAAUGAAAUGUAUAAUGAUUCAUAUACAAUUCAAGUGAUUAAUGAAGGUAAUGAACCUGAAAAUUUCUUUUGGGUUGGUUUAGGUGAUCGAUUACCAUAUGAUCUCACAGCUGAUUAUAUGCGAUAUAUGCGUUUAUUUAAAUGUUCGAAUGAUAAUGGAUUUUUUGUUGUUACGGAGAAAUACGCAGAUUUUUGUCAAGAUGAUUUACUUGAUGAUGAUUGUAUGUUACUCGAUACGGGAAUGUAUGUUUUCUUAUGGAAAGGACCGACAGCUAGUAUUAUUGAAGUAAAAUUUGCAGCGAAAAGUGCUGAACUUUAUAUUCAACAUUUACGUACACGUGAACCUGAUCGACCACGUAAAUUACGUUUAACUGUAAAAAAUUCUGAACCAAUUGAAUUUCGUAAAUGUUUUCAUGCAUGGUCAAAACAUAAAAAUCCACCUCGUGAUCUUGAAAAACAAAAUAUUUUUUCUAUUAGUCAACAAGAACAACAAAAACAAGCACCAAAGAAAUCUCAUCCAACAAACAUUUUUGUUUAA